UUAAGUUCCGAGAGACCGUCCUGAUUCGGCCACGUCAGCCAAGGCCCUGAUUGGUGGAGUUCUGCCGGAAGUCACAAUGAGCAGCUUUUCCGUCGGAAGUGAAGCGAUGGAGGCGCGCGAAGGACCGGCAGUGGUGGCAGUGACACAUGUGCUGCACAUCCUUUCGGAAUAUGGCUGGUACAUCUUCUUCAGCUGCGUUGCUGGCUACUUCAUCCUCCAGAGAAUCGGUUCGAUGUUGCAGUUGAAGAGCCGCCAGCAGGCACGGCCUUCAGAGGCUGAACUCGAACCAUCAUUAAUUGUGAGGCGACAGGAAGCAAUGGAGGCUGCCCGUCUUAGAAUGCAGCAAGAACUGGAUGCCCAAGCUGCAAAAUACAAAGAGAAACAGAAAGAAAUUGAAGAAGAGAAAAGGAGAGAGAAAAUCAAAGCAUGGGAAAAUAUGCAAGAAGGAAAGAGCUCCUCGAAGAAAGCAAACCUGAAUCCUGAGCCAGAAUCCAACAUACAGAAACCAACAAAGCCUAAAUCUGACAAAAAGCCCUUGAGAGGAGGUUUUAAUCCUCUGACAGGGGAUGGUGGAGGUUCGUGUUCGUGGAGACCAAGUCACAGAGGGCCAUCUGCUGGGGCAUGAGGUUAAAGAUGGGUCAGUGCCCUUCGCGCAGUUGGCACUGGCCACGUUUGGAGAAUCACUAUCCUCUUACCCAAGCUUGUCAAUUUCAUUCAUUUUAUUCUGCUAGGAUUAGUUUCAAUUUGCUGUUUGACAGACCUCAAUUUUAACACUCACUUUUUAAUGUGCAAGGCGGUGUUCGCUCAACUGAAACUUUAUGAAUUGACAGCUAUGAAUGAUGUUAUCCUUGUAAAUGGCAUUUGUGCCAAUGAGGAUCUCUGAAAAUGGGCAAGGGUAUAGUGGCAUUAAGACAUCAUGUUAAAUGAACAUCUUUGGUUUUGAAGUAUCAGCAUAAAGAAUUAAAUUUAUUUUGUUUUUAGCCCAUGAUUAAAAGUAUUAACUAUGGGAUUCCAAAUAUUUAUUGUGAUAUGUUAAAUAUGUUUGCUCUGUGGCUUUGAUGACCAGGCAAAUGAAAAAAAGACUGAUACAGUGUGCAUAUGUAUCUGCAUAUUUCAGUUACUACUUGUCUGUCUCUCUACCCAUGUAUGUCUUUAUGCUCAUGUAUAAAUGGCUUGUGUAGAUACAUGUGUUAUUGUAGAUAAUUCUGUGGAAACUUGGAAGAGUUUCUAUAGCGAUGUUUGUGCAUUUCUGUAGAUUAGUGCGUGUGUUUCAGUAGAUCCUUGUACAUAAUUCCUACAGAAUGUUGUUUCUUUAUAUGGACUUGUGCAUUAUUGCUUUUUUUAAAAUGCCUCUAAAAUAGUAUGCCUGCUUUUCCAUAAACGUGUGCAUGUUUUUGGGCACAUGGAGAUGUAGUUUUUUAGAGUUUGAUGUGCUUCAGCAGCAUUGUGGGGAUGGAUAUUUUAGGCUUGAGUGCAUCUGUAGACCCGCCAGAUUAACGUAGGAUCAGUGGAAAUGGGUGGUUGCUGUUCGAUGCAGACUUGUUGGCAAAAGAGUCUGUUUCCAUAUUUUAACUAUGACUGUAUGAUUCUGCAGAUUUGUGUAUCUAUUUCUGUAGUUUGUGUGGGCAGUGCUUUCUAUAGAGAUGUGUGGCCACAGCUAAACCUCCUGUGCAUUUUGUGUUGGUUUUAUUGAAUAUAUACGUAUGCAUUUCUGAAGAUUGUUGUGCAUGCAUAAUUGUGCAAAUCUGUGUUUGGGGAGGAUUUGGUAGGAACAUGUGUGUUUGUGUUCCUCUAGAUAGAUGCCUGUUUUCAUGGGGUCAGAUGUGAGUGCUUCUGAAACACUGCAGAUGUUUCUGUAGACGUGGGUGCUGCUCUGCUUUUGUGUGCAUUGGCAGUUCUGAGUGUGUACUUCAGUGGUUCUGUGUGGUUCCUGAGGUUUGAGUGUACGUGGGUGUGUAUGGAUCUUCGGAUGCUUUUUGUAGAUUUGUGUGUGUUCAAUUUCUAUAAACUUGUCUGUUUUAGUAAAUGGAAGUUUCUGUAGCUUUGAGUGUAUAUAUUUAUCAUUCAUAUCUCUAGACUGGUGAAUGGAUGUUUCUGCAGAUCUAACUAACUUGCCUUUAAUUGACAUAACAUUUCUGUAAAUCUAAGUAACUUCACAUGCAUGCCUAUGUAGAAAUUUGAUCAUCACUCUGUAGAAUUGUAUGUACUUUAUUUAUCUGAAUACCCGUGUGUGAAUGUACACCUAGGCACUUGUACAGAUGCAUGAUGUGCAUCUCCUUGUGGGCGGGCUUUUUCAUAGUUAUAAAAAUGAUUGAAUGUAAUUGUGUUAAUCCUUAUUUGGGCUUGAUUCUGCAGAUCCAAUUAUGUGAACCUGAUAGUAAUUGCUACACUAUAUUGCUGUUGUGUGUGUGUCUAUAGGUCGCUGAGUGUUUCUGAAAGAAAUUAGGGCUUCUGUAGAUUUGUGUGCUUUAAAUUUCUGAGAGUCCAUGUAUGUCUUUACAUUUGUGCAGAUGUUUCUGUAAUAAAAAUUGGGAAAAAUGCUACAAAAUUUCUAACAGGCUGAGCAGCAUGGGUGGGUGGGGAGAGAAAUUGAAUUAGUAUAUGUUUCUGUACUGUGUUUCCAAGUAUAUGUGCAUGUAUUUCUGAAAAUUUGUGCAGAUCCAUAUGCCAGUGUUUCUGUACUUCAGUAAGUGUAUGUUUUGUUCUGCAGGUCCAAGUGUUUAUUAAAAUCCUGGGUAUGUUUAUUUCUGUAGAUACUUGUAAUACCUGCUCAGCAGAUUGUCAACACCCACUUCCACCCUCCAGCUUAAUUGAUUGGAGGCUUAAUUAGUGGUUUUCAGAAUUACAUAAAGUUUUGAGAGGAUAAAUUGUUUAUUGUACUGAUAAUGAAGGAGAGAGGCUGAAGAUCAUCAUUGGAAGGACAUACCGGUAACUUGGAGGUGUUCAAAUAGAUAUAUAAGACGAGAUUUAUUUAUGAUGUAGGCGAUUGAGGGAGUGGUUGUUGUAGAAAUUAUAUUAAAUUAGAUGAACAUUUGAAGAGUUAGAUAACUGUAUGAAAUUAGUUUGGGUUUGUUGCAGCAAAGAAUCAGCAGUGACUCAAAUGACUAAAUAGUUUCAUGGUUUAUAAACAUGACUGAUCAGAGGUACAAUUAUGAAUAAAUAAUUGAUAUGGCUUAAA